AUGUCGCAAAAUCUGAUUGCGGCUCUCAACACAUUCUACGCACCGACCGCGGAUGCAAAGAGCCGGGAGCAGGCUGACAAGUACCUGCGGGAAUUCCAGAAGGAAGACGAGGCGUGGCAGGUGUGCCUGGAGGUGUUGCAGCCCAACGAGCACAGUACCGAGGCCAAGCUGUUCUGUGCCCAGACUCUGCGAUCCAAGAUUGUCUUUGAUCUGCACCAGGUGCCAGCUGACCAAUUGCUGUCGCUCAAGGAGAACCUGGUCUCGUUGUUUGAGCAGUACAAGGAUGGACCUAAGCUGAUCCGAACCCAGCUGGCUAUUGCUCUUGCCAAUUUCUCGCUGCAAGUGCUGCAAUGGCAAGGAGUGCUGCCGGAGAUGGUGCAGCGGUUUAACAAUUCGCCUGCUGCGUUGCUGCAGUUUCUCAAGGUGCUUCCUGAGGAACUGAGUGACAUGAAGCGAACGUUCCUGUCUGACGAAGAGUACCAGAAGCGGACGGACGAGCUGCUGCAGGAGAACGCAAAGUCCGUGCUCGAGCUGCUGCUGCAAUACUCCAAGUCACAGGACCCCACAGUGCGAGAGCUAGUUUUCUACUGCAUCAACUCGUGGCUGGGAGAGCUGGACGUGGUGGAGAUCAUCAACUCGCCUCUGCUGGAUAUCAUUUUCAACGCUACCGGCGACGAUGCUACCUUCGAGCCAGCCGUUGACUGCAUCUGCUCGCUGGUGAGAGAGACACGUGACGUGCACGAGUUCGAAGACUCCAUUGCCAAGCUGCAUGAACGGGUGCUCAAACUACGACCCAAGAUCCACGCCGAGCAUGACGAUCCGGAGGUACUGCGGGGACUCACGCGGCUAUUCUCCGAGGCCGCAGAGUCAUGGCACGUGACCAUUGCCCGAAACCCAGACACUUUCCGAGCUCUAGUUGAGACUGUAUGUGAAUGUGCAGCUUUCGACGAUGAUCUCGAUGUUGUCCAAUACACUUUUUACUUCUGGUACAACCUCAAGCAGUUGCUGGUGCUGGAGCCCUACCAGCAUGCCCGAGAGGUGUUCCGAGACAUUUACGCCAAGCUCAUUGAUAUCAUGAUUGCCCAUCUGCACUAUCCCAUGGACGGCUUUGCUGACAAAAACGAAGAGGACAAGUUCCGAACGUUUCGACACGACAUGGGCGACGUGCUCAAGGACUGCUGUGUGGUUAUUGGCGCCUCUGAGGCCCUGGCCAAGCCCUUUAAGCAGAUUGUGGACCUUGUGGAGGCUGGACGAAACGGCCAGAAUGUGCCCUGGCAGAAAAUCGAGGCCCCUCUCUUCUCUAUGCGUUCCAUGGGUAAAGAGGUAUCUCCUGAGGAGUCCGUAAUUCUGCCUCGGCUCAUGCAGCUGCUGGUUUCGCUUCCUGAGCACGAAAAGAUCAGAUACGCUGCUACUCUGGUACUGGGAAGAUACACUGCCUGGACUGCCAACAACCCGCAGUUUCUGCAGGACGAGCUCAACUACAUCACUGCCGGUUUCAGCUACUCGCUGACCGUGCAGACAGCUGCAGCCCAGGCGCUCAUGCAUUUCUGCCAUGACUGUGGUCCUCUGCUGGCAGACUACACCGAGCAGCUGCACACCUUCUACACAACCGUGGGUCCCCAGCUGGAUCUCGACUCGCUUUACGAGAUCACUGAUGGUUUGGCUCACGUGGUCGAUACCCUUCCCCAGGACAAGAUCUACGCUUCUCUGGAGUCCUUCUGCGACCCCACUUUCGCGUCUCUUGCCAACCUGGCCAAGCAGCCUUCUUCCGAGGAGACUUGCACGGCAGUCGCUGACCAGAUCGAGGUCGUUAAGAUCUUCCUCGAGCUCAUUCGAGCUGAUUACAACGAUCCCCAGAAUCCUCUGGCUCGAUACGUGCUCAAGACGUGGCCUGUGGUCACCGAACUGCUUUCCAAGCACGGAAAAUCGUCCAUUGUCGCCGAGAGAAUCACUAAAUACAUCAAGUUUGUGUGUCUCCGGGCCUGUGGACCUUCUCUUAAGCCCAUUUUGGGCGAGAUUGCCAAUCUGCUGGUCGUUGCAUUCGAAAACACACAAUACGGCUGUUUCCUGUGGACUUCGGGCGAGGUUCUGCGAGUGUUUGGACCCGAAGAAUGCGAGGCAGACACCCGAGAAGCGUCGUGGGAGUUUGCCCAGCGCCAAAUCUCCACUGCCUUUGCAUUCAUUUCACAGCGGGAGCAACAGGGCCUGGAUUUUAGCGACAUCUCUGAUCUCAUUGAGGACCUGUUCCGACUUCUGCAAGAUACUCUUCUGUACUUCCCCUACAGACUCAUCACUUCGUCUUUCCUAGAGCCCAUUGUGCAGGUGAUUCUCAUGACUCUUCAGCGCCUGGAGCAUCUGGAGCCUCUUAUUGCCUGCCUGCAUUUCUCUCGUGAUCUGUUCUCGUUUGGUUUCGAGAGCCCCUCUUCUUCUGCUACAUCUGGACCCAUUCCUCCAGAUGUACGAUCCACCAUUGUGCAGACUGUUGCGUCUCAGGGCCAGAAUCUCACUACGGCCAUUAUAAUUGGUCUGAUUCACUCCUUCCCCGGUGACUGUGCCACUGAUGCGUCUGGUCUGCUCCUGGCCAUCUUCCAGCUCGCCAACAAGGAGGCCGCUGUGACUUGGAUUGCGCAUACCCUUGAUCAGCUGCCAGCCGGUUCUGUGGCCCAGAAGGAGCGAGAGAAGCUACUUCAGAAUGCCACCACUGCGUUUGGAUCAGGAGAUUACAAGCGGGUGAGAGUCUUGGUUCGGGAUUUCGCGGCUUGGUACUCGAGACGAAAUGUGACUAGACGAACUCGAUUGAAGUUGUCUGGUCCUAAUUUUGUUUUUAGAAGCUAG